CUCCAAUCAUCAUGCCGAGUGACCCUAUAACCAGGUCACCGGGGCGGUGCAGAAGCAUAGAAUGAAUAGGGCUGACCAGGAAGUCUGAACUCAGACUGGAAAGGCAGCAAGUCCGGCGGUCUUCGGUCUUCGGCUGGAACUAACAUCUGGACAUGUGGAACCCUAAUGCUGGGUCUAAUUCAUAUCCACCCCAAGUGGUGUGCCCAGGAGGUCCCAAUCCUGCCUGUCCACCACAUGUCAACCCUGCCUUUCCUCCUGGCCCCUGUCCUCCUGGAAUUUCCCAGGGAAACCCAGCUUUCCCUCCGUGCCAACCUUCUUGCCCUACUGUGCCACAACCAGGAUAUCCAGGACACCCACCCCCGGGCCCCUGCCCUCCCUCGUACCCCCUACCUGGUCCUGGCAUGUGCCCUGUGAACCCUCUGGCUCCUGGCAUGGUCGGCCCAGGAACAGUGAUAGAUAAGAAGAUGCGGAAGAAAAUGAAGAAAGCUCAUAAAAAGAUGCAUAAGAAACACAAGCACGGAAAG